AUGUCCGCCCUCGCCAUCGGCGCAGGCGUCGCAGUCGCCGCUUUCCUCGGCAGAGCCGGCCUAGUAGCCUGGCGUCGCUCACGUGGCGGCGUAGGCGCCCUCGGCCAGGCGUUUUACAAAGGCGGGUUUGAGCCGCGCAUGAACAAGCGGGAGGCGUCGUUGAUUCUUUCUUUGAGUGAAAGCAGCCUUACGAAAGACAAAGUCCGCAAAGCCCACCGCACACUGAUGCUUCUCAACCACCCCGACCGCGGCGGCAGCCCGUACCUGGCGACCAAGGUCAAUGAGGCGAAGGAGUUUUUGGAGAAGAACUCAUGA